AUGGCUGACUCAGAAUCAGACUCGUCCACUGAGGCAAUUAACGUGGAUGAUUAUGGCAAAAGUUCGUCUUCGGGAAAAAAAAAAAAAUUCCAAAAAUUCAGGCACCAGUGGCUAGAAGACCCAGCCUUUAAAAGUUGGCUGGUUCGCCCUUCUGCUGAAGAAUCAAGCGUUACGUGCAAAGCAUGCCAAAGGUCUGUGUCUUGUUCUAAAACAUCGUUGAAAAGACACGCGGAAACCGCCAUGCAUAAAAGAGCUGUGCAGUCCACCCGAAUGGCUGGGCGACAGCGACAAGGAAAUCUAGUGCAAUGUUUACGACGGCUGAAGGAAACAAGCUCGUUCUCGACCACGACGGAAGCUCGUGUAUGCGCUUUCCUUGCAGAACACAACCUCCCAUUUACCAUAGUAAACCCAUUAAUGAGUUUAUUGAAGUCAACAAUACCUACUAAUCCCAGAGAAGUCGAUGUGCUGAAGGGCAUUCAUCUCUCAGCAACUAAAUGCACAAAUAUCUUGAGACAAGGUCUUGGAUUAUAUUUUUCAAAGCAUCUUGUUGAGAUACUGCGGGAAACGUAUUUCAGCAUCAUCCCCGACGAAACUACAGAUGUUUCUACAGAAAAACAGCUGGAAAUUUGCGUUUCGUACUUUGACGAAAAAUCAGUGCGAUCGGUAACGAGGUUUUUUGACAUGGUGGAGAUAGAGAACUGCACCGCAACUGGUCUUUACAAGGCGAUUAAAGGUUCUUUUGAGGAAAAGAAAAUCCCAAUCAAGAACAUAAUUGGAUACUCAUCGGACACGACAAAUGUAAUGUUUGGUGAGCAUCAAAGUGUCGUUGCUUUGCUGAAGAAAGAUCCCCCCAUGUUCUUGCCGUGAAAUGUAGUUGUCACAUGAUCCAUUUGUGCACGUCUCAUGCUUGUCUUAAAUUAUCGAAGACACUCGAAGAUCUAUGUAGAAAUAUUUAUUCAUAUUUCAGUAGAUCAAGCUUGAGACAAAAGGAGCUUGAAGAGUUUCAAGCAUUUGUCGGAGUUGAGCCACACAAGCUUCUCGGAAUUGGUCAAACUAGGUGGUUGUCUUCGGAGUCAUGCGUAAGUAGGGUAUUAGAGCAAUGGGCUGCACUUCGUCUUUAUUUUACUGGUGUUGUCGCAGAGAAGAAGGAUCCAUCUUACACGACGGACUCUAUACUUGAUGGUCUCUCAAAAAAGUACCUGAAAGCUCAACUUGAAUUCCUUAGCGUGCAAUUGCAUCGCCUGAAUGAGUUCAACACCUUAUUCCAGUCGGAAGAUCCUGUCCUUCAUCUACUUCGUGAUGAAUUGCAUAAGCUGCUGAAAAACAUCUUAUUGGAUUUUGUGAAGAUGGAUGUUGUCAGGACCUGUGAUCCAUUCACUCUACCUAUCGAUAAUCCAGAAUUUAAUGUCGAUGAUGACCAAAUUUAUCUGGGAAUCCUUGCAACGACAACUUUGAGUGAAUGUGCAGAUUUGCAAGCUGCGCGGAAGAUCAAGAAGGCCUGCCGUGAGUUUAUGGUGGAGCUAGUGAAGCAAAUCCGAUCCCGGUUUGAUCUAAAUGAUUCAGCAUACAAAUUACUCAAGUUCAUCUUUCCUGUAAAUGCUGUGAGAUGCUGUCCUCCGUCUCUACAAGCACUUUUUGUUAGAUUCCCGUAUCUGACAAACGUUGCCGAUCAAAUGCUCGUGGACAUAGAAUGGAGAAAACAAGCAUUGGAAGAAUCGCCUGAGAUUAAUGAAGCAGUGGCGUGCUGGGUACUAUUUUUCUGGAGGGGCCAGUGGGCUGUCAACCAAUAUGCGCCCCUAUAAUGUUACACUUGAUAAACGAGGGCCGAAGGCACGAGCCUUGUGCCGCAGGUGCGAGGUUUGUCUAGGGGGGUCCGGGGGCAUGCCCCCCAGGAAAAUUUUUGAAUUUAGAGUCUCUGAAAUGCCAUUUCCUGGACUUUGGGGGAAGAUUUGACAGAAAUCUGAUGGUCAGAAAACGGCAUUACAACGUGCCGAAAUUUCCAAUUUGGUUAGGUUUUAGUAGUAGUACUUAAAUUAUGCAAUUAAUGCUAGCGCUAACUACUUCCAGCGAUUAAUUUAAUCCCAAUUCUGUUCUCUACUGAUCUACUGUUCUGAGCACAUUUACAACUUAAAUCUCUUUUAUACAAUAACACACGCACCCCACGCAUAUGCAUUUUAAGGUUUCUUUGCCUGGCUGCCCAAAGGGCAUGUUUCAGCAUUAUUUCAUUACUUACAUUACUCAUGCUUCUUCUGCAAACAGCUAAAUUGCGUACACAACUUUACAUCAGUUAUCAUAACUUCAACUAUCUAAUUUGCGCUGCCCUCGUGAUUCGUGAAGUAUAAUAAAGGGCAUAUUAUAAGGGCAUAAUACCAGAAAAAAGGGCAUAAUUCCCGUGAUCGCUUCGAUCGAAACCUGACCAAUAUUCCGGUAAUGAGACAUUGCCUGUGAUCACUGAUCAUGUUUUUAUAUGAACGAUUUCGUGUGAGCUGUGAGGUAGCAAAUACGGUUAGGCAAAAUAGUCUGUAGUUUAAUAUAUGUCGUCUAUGCGCUUAGUCUGAUUUAUACCGUAGCCUAUAAACACGUCUUUUCUUGGCGGAAGUAAUCAUAUUUUUUCGAGAAUGUGUUUUUUCCCACCCACUUUCAAAAUUCGGCGCCCCAUUUUCAUUUUUGCGCCCCCCAAGAAUUGCCAGCUGGGGGGGCCGUGGCCCCCCGGCCCCCCCCUGCCAGCACGCCACUGUAAUGAAGACCAAUCUUCAUUACAAUUCUGGCAGAAUCGUUUGGACGCGCGUACAUUUGAUCAGAAGUUGAAAUAUCCUAACCUGCUGAAAGUCGUUGGUUGUGUCAUGUCUCUACCUGCCUCAAAUGCUGCAGUGGAAAGGUUGUUUAGUGUGUUGAAACUUGUCAAAACUGACACUAGAAACUCGUUGAAGCGGGAAAGUUUGGUCGGUGUUAUCCACACCAAGGAAGGUCUAAGAGCGGACUCUUGCCCUGCUCACAAGCUUAGUAUGAAUGUGGAACUUUUGCGGCGUUUGAAAGGUGUUAAAAGCAACACUACAGACGACGAAUCAAAUGAACUUAUUAUGCAAGAGCUAUCAAGCUAG